CGCGGAACUAGGCACGCCUUCGUCGUCCUCAUCUAAACGUACUCUUUUUAGUGCUACUAUUUCCAUAGUAUCUCGGUUCCGGCCCUUGAACACUGUCCCGUUACAAUGGAUAUAUUAAACGAUGACACUUUAAUGCGUAUAUUUGGAUAUUUAGAUCUAAAAUCGCAACAAAUUAUAACAACUAUCCAUCCACGUUUCUACGAUUUAAUGCCAAAUGUGUGGAUUUUGCAGUACAAAACCGUGAAUAUAUCAUUAUUUGAAGCAAAUUUUUCGUCAGAAUCUUUUGAAUAUUUCCUUGAAGCUAUUCGUUGCACAGUAAAGGCAAUCCGACUGAGAUUGAUGACAUGGGAGCAUUAUGAAGUUCUUAUCAGCAAAAUUUUUCCGAACGUUGAGGACUUUCGUUUUUCAACAGUUCCCAGCAAUCUUUUAACCGACAUUGAGAUACCAAAAAUAGCCAAAUCCUUCCCAAAUCUACGAACGUUCAGCCCACAAGGCCAUUUUUGUGGAGUGCAUUUCAAUACUUUUCCCAAAUUAGAGCGACUUACGCUCACUUAUUGCCGUCGUUUUUUCAUAAACAAUCUGUUAAUAAUUAUGAAAGUAUGUCAGCUUAAAGAAAUUAAGCUUUGCAUGUCUGAGCAACAUCACUUUCAAUCAGUUGCUUUCCGUUUGCCUUUUGACUGUGUGCAACAUUUAGAAUCUAUUAAAAUAGAUAUAGAUGAAUUGCCCUGGUUCGAGCGUGAAUUAAGUAAACUCCAACAUUUAAAAGAAUUGACUAUUUGUGGGCCUAGGCAAAGAUCCACCCUCUAUUUUCUCAUCGAUAAAUUAGAUUGUUUUAGGCAUAAAAGGCAUUUAAAAAUCUUAGAAACAUGCAACGCUUCCAAUACGUUGGGCACUGUUAUUAACGCUGGACUUCAAGUGGAUGCUCUAAAAAUUGUCACAGAUAACUUAUUAUUAGAUGGUUUUGGAUUUUUUACUAAUCAAAUGUUUGCAAAUAUAAAAGAAUUGUAUUUUAAAACCUGUUCGAUCUCAGAAGAGCAUAGCUUUGAAAGUUUAAUUCAUAACACACGACAUUUGGAACUUGUAAGCGUUGAACAAUGUUUAUUUGGCUUUGAUAAUUACAAGUUUGACAUACCACAAAUUGUUCAAAACCGUUUUCAACCCAUACGAAUAAAUCUAUAUCAAAAUGUCUUCGAGCCGACAUCACUUCCUUGGAAAUGGAGCACCAUUGGCGAUAGUUAUAUGCUUCAAAUCAUUGAAGGGAGAAACUACGAAUACUCCUUUGAACCCGUUUAUAUUGCUUUCAAAUAAAUAAAUUGAUUAAAUAUUGCAUUAACAUUAUAACUUUGUCUAUUAAGUCAAAAUCAAAUAAAAAGUUCUAUUCUAUUCAUUCUAUAACACAAUAUAUCCAAAUAGGGAAAAUUUUAUCAGAAAAAUAGCUUCUGACAAAAAGCCAUUUUAUUUUUCAAAAA